UGUUCGGCAGGAAGAGUCUCUGCGGCAUGUCUGUCCACGCGCCAGCUAUGGCUCCUGCUCCGGCCGUGCUGACCCGGCUGCUGUGUGCAGGUGUGUGGCGCCGGCCAGGUUUCCUGCAGAAGGCGGCCCCGGGCCUGGCCGGGCUGAAUGGUAGAAUGGUGACGGGAGCCCAGGUCCCCGUGGUCAGCGAGCCCCAGGACGGCGACGAUCCCCAGAGCAGGAUCCUAGAUGUGCCACUGCAGCAUUCGGACUUCUUCAAUGUCAAGGAGCUGUUUUCCGUGAAGAGCCUCUUCGACGCCCGAGUACACCUGGGCCAUAAAGCUGGUUGCCGUCAUAGGUUUAUGGAGCCAUACAUCUUUGGUAACCGCCUGGGCCAAGACAUCAUCGACUUGGAGCAGACAGCCUCGAAUCUACAGCUGGCUUUGAACUUCACGGCCCAUGUGGCCUACCGCAAGGGCAUCAUCCUGUUUGUGAGCCGGAACCGGCAGUUCUCUCACUUGAUUGAGAAGACAGCCCAGGACUGUGGGGAGUAUGCCCACACCCGCUACUUCAAGGGUGGUUUGCUGACUAAUGCACACCUCCUCUUUGGGCCCUCAGUCCGCCUGCCGGACCUCAUCAUUUUCCUGCACACGCUCAACAAUGUCUUUGAACCCCAUGUGGCUGUGAGGGAUGCUGCCAAGAUGAACAUCCCCACAGUGGGCAUUGUGGACACCAACUGCAACCCAUGCCUCAUCACUUACCCUGUCCCUGGCAAUGAUGACUCCCCUCAAGCUAUCCAUCUCUUCUGCAAGCUCUUCCGGACAGCCAUCAACCGAGCCAAGGAGAAGAGGAGGCAGAUGGAGGCACUGCAUCGGCUGCAGAGUUCCAAGGGGUCUGAGGGCAGUGGGACGUCUUCUGUACCUGAUCAGAGCCAUUCCCCAUGACAGGAACCCCUGCUCCCACAGUAGAUAGCCAGGCCUAUUCUGAGCAGGAAGCUCCUUAUCCAGCCCUGACCCAUUCCCCAUCUUUAGCAUCAGAGUCCUAUAUUUCCAAGAUUUGGCCACCCCAGAGUCCUGAAUUAAACCUUGUCUGCCUGUUUUCUGGGAACAAACACAAGUAAAAUAUAUCCACGUGGCCUCUGGCAUCUAUUAAGACUUGGACAUAGCUAGCCAAGUGAAAGGCACUGUUUGUCAGGAAGCCCUUGUGUCCACCUUAGAAGUAGGUCUAUAUCAGGUGGGUUGGUCUCUCUUUUUUCAAUUAAAAUUAGUAAUUCAUUCUCUGAAGGAAAUUCUAAGCAAGACAAUCCUGAUGUCCCUUGGGGCCCCCAAUAGUUGCCUCUAGAUCUAUAACCAGACUUAAAGGCUAAGCCGGCUCCUAGAGCAGAGAGAGAGAGUGUGGCCCAUGAGGUGGUAUACGAGGAGUAGAAAGUAUAGUCCCUAAGGAGAUGUAUUCCACUACUAAAGAAUUUAAUGGGUUUGCUAAAUCAUUCAAGCAGAAGUCUAUGUGUGGGGAUGGAUUUUAAGGGUGUGGGAUAAUGGUGGAAGGAACAUAGAACUAAAUUGGGCUGAGUUUAUUGAUAUGGGCCCUCUGGAGAAUAUCUAGGUUUAAUAUGGGAAUUUACACAGUUGAAGAAGGUAUCAAGUUUGCUUGAAAGGUUGGCUGAAGCAUUUGUCAAAAGAUGGCCUACUGUAGGGAGCGCAAAGGUCCUUGUGCCCACAGAUCACUGGGGAAACCAGAAAUCUUAAACACACAGGAUUAUCUUCUCAAAGAAGGGAAUGAAUACCUGUUUCCCAUGCAGAAGGAAGGCUGGGAGUGGAUAUUGUAAUGACUUGAUGACCUUCGCUACCUGUAGAGCCAGACCUCACCCAAAUCCCUCAGAAUGUUUAUCCCAGACUCUCCCUCCCUAGACCUUUUUUUUUUCCCUUCUGGUUUGGUUUUGGUUUUUCAAGACAGGGUUUCUCUGUGUAGCCUUAGCUGUCCUGGAACUCACUGUGUAGACCAAACUGGCCUCAAACUCAGAGACCCGCCUGCCUCUGCCUCCCAGAGUGGUGGGGUUAAAGGCGUGUACCACCACUGCCCAGUUAGCUGUUUAUCAGUCAAUAGAACUCAUCCUUAGGGGAGAUGUCAGGUACUUUAUAGCCUGGCAACCUCUGUGCUAUGUGAGUCAGAGACCACACCAGAUCUAGGCCCUUAAGCUAUAGAAGCCAUCUUCACAGUCACGUGUACUUUUGAGUUUUGAUGUAAUUAUGACUCCUUGUACACUGGGGAUUGUAUUACACCAGGAGGCCUUUUUCCAACAUUGUACCAUGUUUAAAUAUGCCUACAAUAAACCACCUGCUGUCAGACUAUCUAGAAGUUUGAGCCAGCACCAGCUAA